AUCAUUUAUAUCUUAUCCACUAUUGCACCCAAAAAAAUACACACAUAAAUACCUUAGGGUCAUGAUCAUGAAGAACAAAAGGAUGAGCAAAAAGGACAAAAAGGAUAUCAAAGUUACAUAUAUUUCAAGUCCAGUGAAAGUGAAGACUAAUGCUUCAAAUUUCAGAGCCCUAGUGCAAGAACUAACUGGCCAAGACUCCAAUGUUGCUGAAACUACUACUAUGCCCUUGCAAGAAAAAUACUGUGAUGAUGAAAGAGUGAAUAAGGGUGCUUAUUCAACUCAUCAACAAUGGAGGGUUGAUCAUGUUCCUCAUCAAAAUACCUUUUUGAAACCUGAUUAUAGUGAGUUUCUUUCAAGACAAUCCUUUGUGGAGCCGUUAAGUGAACACGUUCAAUGCGAUUUGUUGAGCUUUGAUAUGUCCUAGGAUUUUAUUAUUCUUGGUGUUUUUUUAGGGGGGUGGUGGUGAUGGUGUUAGUAUUAUUAUUAUUAUUAGUAUUAUGAUUAUUAUUGUUGUUAUUAUUAUUAUUAUUAAAUGAUAUAUAUUUGCUUUUUAGCAGUUCUGACCUAA